AUGCGUCCCAGCACUGCGCUUCUCAUUGCCGUCUUCUCCUGCAUCCAAUUGGCAGUAUGGGCCUGUGAUGCAGACCAAGCUCACAACGGAUGCAAGAUCUACGGAGCAUCGUGCACAUGUGGGUACGGAUGCAGGACGGAGUUCAUCUACAGGACACGAAGGGCGUGCCUCAAUGCCUUGAGAGAAAGGAGUUCAAAUAUUUGUAGCCGCCUACCAUGCUUGAGGGGAAAUUGUAUACAAACUGUUCAAGAUCCAGGCUUCACUUGUAAAUGUGAAGGUACCGGUUUCUACGGGCAACGCUGCGAGAAGGCCUGCCCAACUGUACCAGUGCGCGGCAUGAUCUUCCCCCACGAGUGCAUCGUCAUCUGA